UUAUACUUCGUACUGUCGCGUAGAAGGCUGCAGAGCUGUUUGUGUUACCCUGGUUCGCAAUAGACCUACUUGAAACUGCCAGGAACAUGGGCGCGGUCCCGGCCGCCAGCGCUCUGGCCGCGCUGCUGUGCGUCAGUUGCGUCGUCCGCCCGUCGCGAGGCGCCACCUGCGGCUCGCCGACAGCUGACAUGAAGCUGACCAUCAUCAGCCGGCGGAACCUCACGGGACACUGGGAGGCGAGCUUAAGUCUUCAGCAUGGUACAUCUGACGAGAAAGAUUUUGAAGACAAGUCCACAGGGCCAUUUGAACUAGAUCUGAAGCACGAAACUGCUAUGUGUGGUGGAAAACAGGUCAUUAGAAUAGGAGCCACCGUCACUGUGCCGCCCAGGCGAGCUGGCCCCGGAUACGAGCUGUUCCCCGGGCUGGGGUACUACAAGUUCCACCCGGAGACGCAGGUGUGGGACGACGCCCGGAGGACCUGCGACCAGGAAGGCGCCCACCUCGCCGUCGUCAACUCCGAGGAGGAGUCCAAGGUCCUGCAGCAGCUGUUCGGGCGCCACCCGCAGAUCAAAGACGCCAAGUACAACGACUUCGCCUUCGUCGGAUUCCACGAUCGCUACACUGAAGGAAGCUUCGUCACAAUAUUCGGCGAGCCCGUCAGCAAGACGGGGUUCGAGCGCUGGUGGGCCCGCGGCCAGCCGGACAACGCCGGCGCGCCCCCCGGCGAGGACUGCGGCUCCGUGCACAGGAACGGCGGGCUCAACGACCUGCCGUGCGACGCCAAGCACGCCUUCGUCUGCGAGCAGGAGCCGUGGUAGCCCACGCGCCGCAACACCUCCUCGCCAACCCGACAACUCGGGCUACUUUUCAUCAUGAAAACAAAACAAUAGUCAGUAAUAGUAUUUAAAAAGUUACUGUGCGAAAGUUUAACAAGUAAAACGUCUUUCUGACCUCGCUAACGAACAAAAUUCAUGUGCGCUCAUUAUGCAAAUACGCUUCUAUAAUGCGAAACUUGGACACGAAAUUCAAAGAAGAAUUCUUUAAAAUAAUGCCGAGCGUGAUAAAUAUACCCAAGUUGUGUUUUUCAACUACAUUUCUCGUCGCGAAUCACACGUAGUUUCCGCUCCCGCCAUUAGAAUGCGUUGCCAGAUCAGCUGCGUCGACUUUUAAAUCAUUCGAUUUGCAGAGCGAAAUAAUAAACUAUAUAACGAAAAGGCUUGAAAAAUUACUAAACCCGGCUUUGGACCUGAUUUUCGACAAAUAAUUUUAUUAAAAUCUUGCCCAUGUUGUUAAAAUUCACCAAACCGUUAAUACCAUAAAGUUUCCCUUUGGCAUUGUGAACUUUGGUUCACACCAUCCACCACAAAUGGCAGCACCGUGGUUACACAUUUCCGUUCCAUGCGACUUCCGUUCCAUUCAUGAAAUUACUCCUACCUAAUGCUGUAUACUGAGAGCUAGGAUGUUACACAUCAAAAACAUCGUGGUCUGAGCAACUUAUCUUAGUCAACUCCUAUCAUCACUCGAAGGCCUGUUCCAGAUCCUCCUCUGUAGCUGAAGCACGCAGUUGGAAGGCACUUGAAUAGCCAGUAAGGACACGUUAGCAUUUUCCACUUUUAAAAAAAAUUGUUUUGGAAUAUUUAAAUAAUGAAAACAAUGAAAAUAAAAUAUUGCUAUAAAUAUUUAGAACAUGUUAUCAUAGUUUUUAUGCAACUUUGUGUAAAUGUGUGCAGAUGUAAUGUCAUUAAUGUCUUCCCUAAAAUUAUACCUAGCUUAUUUGAUUUGAUUUUGAACAUUGUUAUCAAUAGUAGGAUUAUUUAUGAUUGGGUAGCAAAAUAUCUUAGUCACCGUAUCUAAUAAUAUGGUGCAGGGUGGAUAUUUUAAAACAAAAAUUAAAUGCAUACAACUGGAAAAAUAAUCAACUUCAGAUUUUUUUUUAGAUUCAGAAAGGUGACUAAUUGGCAUAUCAACUGUUCUCGGCUUGACGUUGAAAUCUGGGAAAUUCUCAAUAAUAAUAAUAAUAAUAAUAAUAAUAAUAAUAAUAAUAACCGGAAACAGGCUGCGCCCACUUGAACGCCCAAUUCAGUAGACAUGGAAAAAUAUCGCCCGACCUGUGUUCGUGGUAUCAUCUGUUACGGUACGUAAAUCGACACACGCAAUCGGCUCUUCCUCCUAUUUCUUUGUCUCUUGUAAUUUGCGCUGGUUUCCAAAUCACCUUAGAGGAAAUCCUCAGGGGGAUCCUCGAUUCAUCAACUCUUUUUUUUUUAAAUAGUGUGAGUUUCCCCGCGAGGCCUAUUCAUCUAUUUUUUACAAUAAAAAAGACAUUGUUGAGAUACCUUUAACAAGACAUGUGUAAAGGUACCUCAUCAAUAUCUUCUCUCGUGUGCCCUAUGUACAACUGAUGCAUUUUCCCAGAUGUCUCACUGCUGGCAGUUCUUCAGCCUCCGCCGCCCCCCUUGUUUAGGUCAGCGCAGCUUCUGGCGCAGUGGACUGGUCGGUGCAGGUCUGGCUCGUGUCAGUUGUCAGCUGAUGGAACAGCCAGCCCUUCUAAUGCCUGUAUAGUAGAGCUGUAGCAAACCGUAUGUAUUCGUUACUGAGUAACGGGUGCGGCAUCUAGUAACGAGUAACGAAACGUUACACACGAAUGCAUUUCGUUACUCGCAUCUUUCGUAUGUUUUACGCAUGCGCGCGCUUAUUCGUUACAAAUAACGAUGUUUGUUUAAUAAUUAAAGUAUAAUUUGGAAAUUCGUCGUCCCAAGUUUUUUUUACUGUUUAUUAAAGGUAUUGUGUGUGAGACAAAGUUUUAGAUUCGAACAGAAACAACGUAAAGUAUUUUUUACAAAUUAUAAAUAUGUUUGUUUUUGUUUUUUAUUAUCGCGUAUUUUCACGUUUUAUGGCCUUAUCUUAAAAGAUACAUUAUAAUAAAGCCGCUCUAUUGAGAUUUAAUUGUUUCUUGGUUAUCAAAAGCUGUUAAUUAUCAAAUAUUUUUAAUUGUUUAUAUUCGAUUUAUUUUUAUUUACGUGACGUCAUACUGUACGCGUACGAAAUACGACUCGAUUCGUUGCUGUUACAUAACAUAGCAUGUUAUGCGGUAUCAAAAGUAACGAGUAACGAUACGAAAGUAACGAGUACUAAUUGUUAUAGUAAAGAAUACAUACGGGUACACAUUUUUUCGUUACUUUUACACCUCUACUGUAUAGUGCUACUUUAACCAAUGCAACAAAUAAAAUAUUUAAAAAAGAUAUACAAUCAAUAAUAACCUUUAGUUGAUUUAAUCUGAGUCGCAGUCUGGUAGACAGAUACUAAGGAGUGUGUGUUCUUCACCUAAACCUCGUGAUAGAUGAGGUUAUCAUGACUUAUAAUAAAUACUUAAGGCGAUUGGUGCACGGUAAAAAACGGUCACAGGCCCGAAAGCAAUGAAUUUUGUAUCAUAUGAUCAUUAAAGAGUCUAGAUGCCUAUGUGGGUGACUGUUACUAUGUAGGGAGGUCAGGAGCUUAGUUCCAGCUCGUCAGUGGCGAGAUGGCCUUCAUACGGGAAGGGUGUUGCUGGUGGUCGCUCUGCGGCCUGCCAUCUAGGAGGAAUUAACAGAACCUCGAAGGUUUUAUCUCCCUCUCCCUCUAACACACAGCCGAUACGGUUCUAUCGUGCCCGGAGGAAGGGAAGGUUUAGCAGGUUUUCUCUUUCACUCAUCCUUCGCCAUGGGGAGGCGGAAUGGAUUACGUAUUUAUUUGUUCGCAACUGCGCACGUCAUGUGGCUGAGAGCGCACAUCUUCUCACUCAACUCACUCGUUCUCUCACACUAUUUCAAUAAAUCUUUUCAAAUCUUCAACAUCAAUACUUUAAACCAUUGCGCUUCCUACGGAUUAAUUAUAUUUCAUGCACGUGCCCGAAUUCAGCUGCAAAAAAAUAAAACAGGUAGUCAAUUUUUUUCUUCAAAAACCUUCCGAAACACUGUGUGUUAAAAAACAUUCUGAAAGCCCAUUUUUCUAGAUAAAUGGAAAUUCUAAAUCACCUACGCCACAAGGAAACAUUGUGCUUUAAUAUUAUGUAAAGAAAACACCUCUUAGUUUUAUAGUUAUGUAAAGGUGGUGUGAUAUGUUUUAGAUGUCGCACCAUCUUAUCAGCCAUGUAGAAGAGUUACCCGAAAAGCUAACAAGACUAUUGCCAUGGAAAUUGAAAUAUGGUUAAGGAAAUAUUUUUCAAAUGUUUGUAAACAGUAAACAACAUAUAAAAAAUCUUAUAACUGUAAAAUUAAAAUACAAACAACCCUAUAGCAAAUUUAAUUUCAAUAUGAAAAAGUCUACAAUAAUGUUUACAAGAAACGAAAUUGCAAUAGCAAUACAAAAAUAUCGCAAUUUUGUUACAUUGUUAACAUAUAUAUUAUUUUUAAUAAAGGCAAUAAAAAUGGCAUACUCAAUAUUUGGAAUACAAUAAAUACCUUAAGCCCUACAUAAUUGCUGCGAUAUUCACAAUAAAUGCUUUUCUUAAAUAUAGUAAUUAAAAAACAUCGUAAAUAAAUUAUGAACAUACAUAUUAUGGUGAAGGAAAGUGGACACUAUCACACUGAAAAAUCUUAGAGGGUAGUUUUCCUCAUCUUAUUUCUUUCUUUGCGUUUUUGGUCUUGUUCGUUAAAAUAUUUCAUGUUCAAAUACUUGAUACGCAUAUACGUUCUUGUCCUGACAAAACAGUAUAUAACUUCUUCUGGAUAUUUAUUUUCAGUAGUUCCGCAAAUAAUUUUAGUCAGUGAUUCAAAAAUCCGCUCUUUUUUGCACAAAUUGUUGCCAUGAACAUUAUCAAAACACAUUUCAGCGAUCUUUAUUAAUUCCAAAAAUUCAUUAGUGGGACAUUUUAAGUUACCCUUUGAUUGUACAUGUAUCCAGCUAUCGUCCUCCAAAUUGAAAUCCGUAGGGCCAAGGUCAGGAUAUUUAUUUCUGAAACGAUGAGCUAUAUAGCCAGAAACAUAUUUCAGCCCUUCAAGAGAAAUUUCGUCACUUGAAAGGAACCUGGCCUCUAAAUCUAAGUCUAUUUCUUCCAUGUCAGCAAGAUAUAUUUCAUUUAAAGGUGAUUUCUCUUGAAAUGUCUUUGUAAAAUACAUUUCCUUGCACAAAAGUAGUUCUGUAAUUUCAUUCUGAUAAGCACUGUCCUGUUCCAUUUCAUUUGACGAAAAAUCAUUUACCAAACACAUUUCGUCUGUCUUCUCAUCCGUGUUUUUCCGUUCAGCAAAAACUGCUGCAGAAUGUUUUCACAAUAUGUAGUUUAUAAUUCUGUAUUUAAAGUAAAUGGGCGACAGAUGCGUAUUUUAUUACAUGCUUUAUAUUAGCUUCAUCUGUAUGUUUGUUUGUCUGUCCGUCUGUAACUCUUUCGACUAAGAGUGAGUGGCCCAUUAGUGUAAAAUGUCCCACCAAUUUCAUCACGUUCGUUAGCCGAGCGGUCUAAGACGCACGUCUUCAGAGAUAUCAACUUUCGUAUUCAACGAUCGUGGGUUCUACUCCCGGCCACGCCUGAAAAAAAAUGUUUUUUUUUUCUGGUAAAUUCUAAGAUUAUAUCCAUACAUCUAACUGUAAAUGAUUCGGAGAGACUUUACCAUUUCUUUGUGACGUUGCAACUCCAAAUAGUUAUCUCAGAUGGUAAUAGGUAGUGUCGGUAACUCAUUUCCCUAUGAUAAUUAUACAUAAAUAUAGGUAGUUUAAAAAACUAAAAAAAA